GGAGGGGCUGGAGGAGGAGGACAGGGCAGAGGAAGCACUCCCUUCGCAGUUGUCCUCGGGGAGCUUGGAGGAUGCGAGUCACACCGAGGCGAGGGAAGAGUUUAAGGCAGACGGAACCCAGCUACUGAGCUGAGUGGCUAAGCGGCGAAAGCCUCGGCAGGGCCAUGAAGGGGAGCACAUUCUCGGGGAUGAAGGUUCUCCGGUUUGGUCGGGUUUGUUUGGCGGUAAGGGUUUAAAGGGGAGAGACGUCAUGGCUUGGAAGCCAGUACUGAUGACUCAGUCCAUAGCUGUAGUUCCGGUGAGAACGAAAGCACGUUUCACACCUCCUGCUCAUGAUCCCAAAUACAAAUCAGAAAAGGAUUUUAUAGAACGUUCCCGGAAAGCAGGAGUUGUCAUUCCUCCAGAACGUUUGGAGCGUCCCAUACAUCUGGCCUGUACAGGUGGUAUCUUUGACCCCUAUGUUCCUCCAGAGGGUGAUGCUCGGGUAUCAGCUCUUUCAAAGGAAGGACUGGCACAGAAAACUGAACGAUUGAAGAAGAAUGUGGCAUCACAGUUGUCCAUACGGAAGAUAAGAGACUAUGAUGCUAAUUUUAAAAUAAAGGACUUCCCUGAAAAAGCUAAGGAUAUCUUCAUUGAAGCUCACCUUUGUCUAAACAACUCAGACCAUGACCGACUUCAUACCUUGGCAACUGAAAACUGUUUUCCGGACAUGGUCUGGGACAUCCAAUAUAAGACUGUCCGCUGGAGCUUCGUAGAGUCUUUAGAGCCAGCCCGAGUGGUUCAGGUUCGCUGUUCGAGUAUGGUGAACCAGGGUAAUGUGUAUGGCCAGGUCACCGUCCGCAUGCAUACCCGGCAGACUUUGGCCAUCUAUGACCGGUUUGGCAGAUUGAUGUAUGGACAGGAAGAUGUGCCCAAGGAUGUCCUAGAGUAUGUUGUUUUUGAAAAGCACCUGACAAACCCCUAUGGAAGCUGGAGAAUGCACGGCAAGAUUGUGCCUCCAUGGGCACCCCCGAAGCAGCCUAUCCUUAAGACGGUGAUGAUCCCUGGCCCCCAGCUGAAACCUGGGGAAGACUGUGAAGAGCCACAAGGAGAGGCCCAUAAGUCUCAGCUAGCCUGAUGGCAAAAAUGACUCCUGGGGUGAAGUAUGGGUGAUGAGAUGUCUGGGAGCUGUGAAGACAUCCAUCGCCAUCACGCUGUAGCAAGGACUAUCUUUGUUCUCUCCUGUUCUGCUUCGGUCAUUACAGCAGUCUCAUCCUCAAUAACCACAGCUGAUGGCCGGGCCCAGGUGGGUGGCUGUUAUGCACAGCCCUGGACCCACUUCUUUUAAAUUGUAUAUCUGCCUUCUGGGUCCAGAUGAAAGACACUGUGUUUCAGAGAACGUCUGACACCAGUUUUUCCUGCAGCAGGGACUGUCAGGAGCAAACUGGCAGAAUUUUCUUCCUUACCGCAGGACAGGGGUCAGAGUUUGAAAUAAAACACUCUUGCAGUGUU